AUGUCUAUAAGUAUCCCUAAAGUUAAGAAUAAUUUUUCUCUUAAAGUAAAAUUAAAGUCAUUACAUCUUUUGAAUGAUUCGUCUAAGAAUGUAGUUAAUUUAAAAGUAAACGUUUUUUAUGACAACGAAGAUGAAGAGAAAAUAAAAUGUAGCCCAGAGAGAGUUCAUUCAAUUGAAACGUUUAAUAAUGAAUACAAUUUUGUGUUCAAAAUCAGUGUAAAUAAAUGUUUCUAUUUACCCUUUAUCUGUUUAAAGGGAGAAUGUCCCAAUUUUAUACAUAUCACAUUUGUAGAUGAGAAUGGGAAAAAAAAAGAAAGAAAAAACUUAGGAUUAAAAAUAUACUUAAAUAAAAAGUAUAGCUUUUUAAAAUAUUACAGUUCAUAUAAAACAUAUAAUGUUUAUGAAGGCAAUAACAACAAUGUUAAAGGCUAUGUAGAGUUGGCAUGUGGAAUAGUUAGUUGUGAACACCCCUUGGAGUAUUUUCUAGAAAAAAAUAAAAAAAUGGAUAACGAUGACUACUUUUCAUUGGUAACAGAUAUAUCCAUUAGCAAGCUAAGAAAGGAAAUGAUCAUAUGCAAAACGGAUAAAGAUAUGGAUGCUCACAUAGAAUCAUAUAAUCUGGAGAAUAAAGACAAUAACAUUGAGAAAUCAUCACCAUAUAAAAGAAAUGUUCUUGAGAUAUUUUCUUCUUCCUUUAAAUAUGCUUAUAAGAAAAUGCCUAUUCCUUUAAUAACAACUUCGAAUGUGGUUGACGUUCUUUUAAGCACGAUGCUUUUUCAAUAUAGAAUAAAUGGCAUAGAAAAUCCUCCAUGGUUAAAAAUCAUUAACGAUGCCUACGAUUUACACUUAAUUAAACAUUUCCAAUUUUGCAACAAUAAAAAGGAUUAUCAAAUGUAUGAGGAAAUUAGAACUUGUAGCUUAUUUCUUUAUCUAGAUAGUGUAUUUCUAAAUAUUGCCGCGCAGUUUUCCAAAUAUGUUAUAAUACAAGAAUAUACAAAAUAUACCAGCCCCAGAUAUGUGAAUAAAUUACUUAAAGGAAAGCUACAUCAUAAAAUAGACAUGUGUCAUAAUUUUAUAUACGAAAAAAUAGUGGAUGAUUCACCUUUGGAUAAGCUAAAACUAUUUAAAAACGAUGAGAUAUAUGUAACUAAAGAUUCGGGGGUUAUAGGAGAAGGAUUGAUUGGUAUCUUAAUAUUUGGAGACGAAAAAACGGAUACCGAAAAAGCUUACAAAAUAUACAAUAGGGAAAUAAAAGCUCAACAAUGGUUAAACAAAGGAAUAGCUAAAGUAAAAUUGGAAAAUAUGAGAUAUAGGAAAAACAUCAUGAAGGCAAAAAGAGAGAACGAAUUGAUAUCAUUAUCUUUAUUAUCUUUUAAUAUGGGUACAGUUGUGUCUUAUAAAGGAUUCAAAAUGUAUGUAAUGCCUUCACCUCAAUUACCUUUAAAUAUAACAAAAUUAAAUAAUAUUAAAGGGGAAUUGAAAUAUGAAAUGUCAGUUGUAGAAAAAAAUAUUCCAACUUAUAAUUUGUUCAAAAAUCCAAAUGUAAGAAACUCUUUUAUAACACCAUAUUAUAAAGAAAAUAAUUAUAUUUUUUUUAAUAUCAAUUUAAUGUUGUGUGAAUGUAAAAGUAAAAGUGAUAGUAUUUUUACACAUUCUGAAUUGGACCACUUGGAUAUCCAGAGUAUACCUAGUGCAGGUGAAAGGUGCUAUAAUGUCCCCCCUGUUUAUUCCAAUCUGCUGAAGGUACAAAAUAAUAUUUGUUUAUACAAAGAAAUAUCUGAUGAAUGUAAGACGGAUAAAGAGAUGUAUGAGAAAAAAGUCGAUAUAUAUUUAGAGAAGGUUGUUAUAGAGAUGGAGAAAAUACAUUUUAACGUCCCUUUUGAUACCGUUUCCUUAAAAAUGUUUUUACAAAAUAAAGGUUUAAGAAUAAGACAUCUUGGGAGGAUGUUGAAAUUUGUUACUUAUAAAUGGUUAUAUAAUAUAAUUUCAUAUGAGAUAUUUAUACGUUGUGUAAAAAAGUUUAUAUAUCGUUGCACACGUGAAAUAUCGAUAUUUUAUAAGAAGAAAGUAACAGACUAUAUAUAUCAAUAUAAACAAAAUUAUGAAAAAAAUGAGAUUAGAAAUAUGAGGGAACAUGAAUUAAUAAGUAACAUUUUUGGGGUAGAUAAGAGUAGUAAAAAGAAAAAGAAGAUGGAUUUUUUAUAUUUAAAUCAGAAAGGAGCAAAUGAAGACAUGAAUACAAAAAGUAAUAAUAAUAUUUGUAAUAAAAUAAAUGAAGUAUUAGAUGAUAUGACAUUAUAUGAUACGGAUAGAUCUACAUGUAGUGAUAAUACAUAUGAUGAUAGUAAUAGUAAAAUAUUUGAUUAUAAAAACAAAGAAGAUAAGAAGAAAGAGAAUAAGAUAAAUCAUAAUUUAUUGUAUAUAUAUGAAUUUGGAAAUGAUAAGAAUAUCAUUGAAAAUCGUUUGAAGUUUGAUAAUUUAUCCUUAUUGUCAAUUAUAUUUAAUUUUGAUAUUUUCAGAAAAUAUUCAAAUAAAGAGAUGUAUAUUUUAAAAAGGAUCAAUGAAAAGAAAAGAGAUGUUUUAGAUAAUUAUAUAAUAAUUAAAAAGAUAUACAAAGGAAAUAUUAGCUUAAUCGAUAUGUUCAUAAUAAAUAUUUUUAAUAUAUUAUUAACCAAAAAUAAUUAUAAUAAAAAUGAUUUUUUAUUAGAAAUAAAUAAGAUAUGUUAUGAAUUAUAUAAAAUAAAUAUAUCAUAUUCGUGUGAAGAAAUUCAAGAUAAUUAUAUAUAUGAUAAUUUACAGAAAUGUCUAGGUAUAUUAUAUUUUCCAUCUUUAAUAGAAUAUGAUGAAGAAAUUAAGAAGGGGGGUAAAAUUUUUCAUCUGUAUGAUUUAAAGAGUUAUAAUAUAAGAAUCAAAAGAUCGUUCAAUAUUUAUUACAUAGAUUUUGUUACAAAUAGGUAUAUAUAUAAUUAUGAAAAUAUUCACUUGGAUAUAUGUGUAGAAAAUAAGAGAUUAUUAUCAAUACUAAUAUUUUAUACAUUCGUAUAUUAUUAUAAUAAUAACAAUAAUAAUAAUAAUAAUAAUAUGAGUAAGUAUAGUUUAUGUAUGGGCAAUUUAAAAUGGGAAGAUCUUGAAAAAGUGUUACUACAAUCUGGUAGACAUAAAAAAUUUUAUGAUAAAAUAUAUAAUGAAAAGAUAAAUCUUCUUUUAAGAUCAAAGGAUAAUAUAACAUUAUUUAACAAUACAGAUUAUUUUACUUUUUAUGGCUUAUUAAAUAUAGUAGCUCAAGGGAUAAAGAUGCGACUUUUUAGAAUGGCCAUGAAUAAAUCGUUUUAUCUAUUCAGAGCGAUAUCUGAAAAUAGUGUUAUGUCUAUAUAUAUACGUUUAAUGUGGUUAUCUAUAUAUAUGUUCUUACGAUAUUAUGUUUCUGAAGAUUGUGUUUUAGACGGACCACAUAAAAAGAAUGAUAUAUGUUUUAAAGAUUACAAAAUUGGAAAUAGAAACUUAACAAAUGAUAUUAAAGAAAUCAAUAAAAUUGAUAAGGAUAAGGAGCGAUUUAAAGAUGAUAAUUAUGAUGAUAAUAAUAAUAAUAAUAAUAAUAAUGAUGGUGAUGAUGCAUUGUUGAAAAAAAAGAAAAAAAUAUUUUUUAAAAUUGAAAGGGAUGAAAAAAGAUGUGAUACAACAUGUCAAUCAACAGUAUAUAGUGAUAAUAUAUCUAAAAGUAAUGUUUAUGAAAAAUGUGUGCAAUGUACUUCAGAUAAUUCUGUUGAUAUAUGGGAGAAAGAUAUGACUAUGUUUGGAAAGAUACAUGUAUAUAAAAGAACGUAUGAGAUAUGUUCGAUAAUAUUGAAGAAUUAUUUUGUGUAUUAUCAUCCUUUAUAUUUAGAUUUUUAUUUAUCCUUUGCCUGGUAUAAUAAGGGUUCAAAUAAUGAGAAAGCGUUUCUUCAUUUCUUGAGAGAAUUCAUAUUACUACAAAUCAAUGUAUGCUCAAAAAGGUGUAGGGAAAAGAAGAUGGAAAUUCUAAAAAUGAACGAGAAUUUCGAGCAUCUUGUUUUUUCUAUAAUUUUUAAGAAUAACAAAGAAGAGGAAGAUAAUAAAAAUAAAUAUGAUAUAAACGAAAAUGUGAAUAUAAGAAGGCUGGAUAAUUAUGUUUCUUCAUCAUUUUUAAAUGAUAUAUGUUAUCCUCACUGUAAUAUAUAUAAUGAGAAUAAAAAUUUUGAUAUUUUAAAAAAUUUUGAUUUUUUGAAAUCUAAUAUUCUUUUGGCUAGUUCAUUACACUAUUUCAUUAAUUCAUUAUUUUGUUAUUACAAUAAUGAUGAUUUUAUAAAUAAAUAUAAGAGUACUGAUUUUAUUUUUGAUAGUAUACUCUUAUGCAUAAAGUCUUUGGAGAGUGUCAAGAGAACAUAUAGAUUAUCUACUUAUACUGAGAAAGGUUUUGGAAAUGUAUGUCUGGAUAUUUCUUUGAUGAUAAUAAAAUUGAAGUUAAAGCAUCCGAAGUUUUUAGAAAAGAAAGAUAAUUGGAUGUUGUAUGCUCUUCGUAAUGCUAUGGAGGCGGAAGAGGUGUUGAAGCACCAUUGUGGUGAUAAUCACAUUGACACCAUAAAAUGUAGAUACGCACUGGGACUAAUAUACAUAUAUUUUAAUAAUUUCGAAUGUAUGAAUAUGUUAGAAAACGUUCUUUAUCAUAUAAAAAAUUAUGAGUAUACUUAUGAAGAUAAUAAUAUUUUAAGUAAUACCUUUUGGUAUAUUCCAGAUAAAUAUAAGGACAGCUUAAGUUGUAUGAAUAGAGAAAAUCUUAUAUUAGAUAAAAGGAAAAUAAAAUGUUUUUUAUUUUACAUGUGGUUAAAUAUAUUUAUUCCUUUGGAAUAUGCAAAAAAAAUUAUGAAUAUAUUAUUUAUGUUAUAUUCAAUGGAUAUAUAUAAGAAGAAAAAGAAGGAAAAGUCAAAUGAUAAAGAUAAUACCUUUUUUAAGCAUGAGCAAAUAGAUUCUUAUGAACAGAUAAUAUUGUUUAUAAAAAAUUAUAAAUAUAUUUAUAAAAAGGAUGACAUAUUUUUGAAUUUGGAAGAAUAUGACCAUUUAUUGAAAAGUAACGAAAAAAUAUACUUAAAAAGGAAGGAAAUGGAGAAUAGAAAAAGAAAUAAAAAGGAGAUGGAAAGGUACAAUAUAUAUAAUAAUAAUAAUAUUGAUGAUGCUAAUUAUUUUAAUAAUAUUGAAGUUGAAAAAAAAGAAAGUGGGUAUUUGAAAUUAAAAGGUAUUAUUGGAUGUAGUAAUAGAAUUUUUGAUGAAUCCCCAAAUUAUAAGAUGAAUAAAGAGAUGGAUAAUAAGGACAUAUUAUUUUAUGUACAUAAUGAAAAGAAAAAUAACGAAUAUUAUAAUAUAACAUCUUGUUUCUUAAAAGAAUUUAUAGAUAUAGUAGAAAUGGAGUCUCAUUUAUUAUAUGAUGAGGAAAAAUAUUUGAAUGAAUAUAAAUCAUAUACAAAUAUUGAGAAAAAGACAAAAAUGUAUUCAUUGUUGAAUAAAUUAUUAAAAAUAAAGGGGAAAAUAAAGAAAAGAAGUCAGAAAAAUAAAGGCUAUGAUAAUUAUAUGGAUCAUAUUAAUAAAUAUAAUGAUAAACCUAACUAUUUUGAUGAUAAUAAAAGGCAUUAUAAGAGUAAAAACAUAAAUUCUUUUAUAGAAUAUAGUGAUAAAGAUGAUACACUUUCAUUUUUAAAUUCAAAUCAAAUGUGGAGUGAUACCUCAUCCAAUUACUCUGAUAUUGUUCGAAAUAUAAAUGAUCAUAUAUCCAAUGAGAAUAUGAAGAAGAAAAAAAAAAAAAAGAAAAAUACUUUUCAUCGUUUUCUAAUGCCCUAUGAUAAUAAUAAGAAAAGGAGAGAUAAGGUUAAGAAAUUUAAAAUAAAAAAGGACAUCAAUAUUUUUAUGAGCAUAAUGUAUUAUUUUCUAAAUUAUGAAACUUUCCAAAAAUUUUACCUCAAAAUAAGGAAGUAA